AUGGGGCCCGACGGUGAAAGCGUGGCCCUGAGGAAUAUUCUCGUAGGCCUCAACUUGAUGCUUCUGGGAUCCGUUUUCAGACCGUUUGAGUGCCACCUGGAAGUGAUGACGGAGAGGGUCAGAAGACAGGCCGGUGACGAGGAAGGGGGCUUUGCGAAUACCACGCCACCCAUAAAAGAGCAACCCAUGGUCUUCAGCCACAUCUACAACAUUAACGUGCCUCUGGACAGCCUCUGUGCAACAUCUCUAGAGGCUUCGUCUGACCCAGAGGUGAGUUCAGAAGACGACCGGAUGACGGAAUACACGGAGCAGACCUCCGACUCGGAAAGCCAGGUCACCUUCACCCACAGGAUAAACCUCCCCAAACACACUUGCAAGUGUGCUGCCUCUUCCCGGGACAUCCAGGAGCUGCUGAGCAGGAUCGAGAUGCUGGAGAGAGAGGUGUCUGUACUCCGGGACCAGUGCAACCCCAGUUGCUGUCAAGAAAGCGCAGCCACAGGCCACCUGGAUUACGCCCCUCACUGCAGCGGGCAUGGCAACUUCAGCCUGGAGUCCUGCGGCUGCAUCUGCGACGAGGGCUGGGCCGGGAAGAACUGCUCCGAGCCCCUGUGCCCGCUGGGCUGCUCCAGCCGCGGCGUGUGCGUCGACGGCCAGUGCGUCUGCGACGGCGACUACAGCGGCGAGGGCUGUGCAGAGGCCCGCUGCCCCACGGACUGCAGCACCCGGGGGCUCUGCGUGGACGGGGAAUGCAUCUGCGAGGAGGGCUUCGCUGGGGAGGACUGCAGCGAGCUGCGCUGCCCCGAGGACUGCUCUGGGAAGGGCACCUGCGCCAACGGGACCUGCAUCUGCCAGGAGGGCUAUGUGGGGGAGGACUGCGGCCAACUGCAGUGCCUCAACGCCUGCAGCGGGCGCGGAUUCUGCCAGGAGGGGCUCUGCUCCUGCGAGGAGGGCUACCAGGGCCGGGACUGCUCUGCAGUUGCGCCACCGGACAGCCUGCGCGUGGCGGCGAUCCGCGACCGCUCGAUCGACCUCGAGUGGGAUGGCCCGCUGACCGUGACCGAGUACGUGAUCUCGUACCAGCCGGCCACGCCGGGGGGCCUGCAGCUGCAGCAGCGGGUGCCCGGGGACUGGAGCAGCGCCACCCUGCGGGAGCUGGAGCCGGGCCUGCCGUACAACAUCAGCAUCUACGCCGUGAUCAGCGAGGUGCUCAGCGCCCCCGUGGGAGUCAAGGUGGCUACGCAACUCUCCACUCCACAAGGGCUGCAGUUCAAAACAAUCACGGAGACCACCGUCGAAAUGCAGUGGGACCCCUUCUCCUUCUCGUUCGAUGGCUGGGAGAUCAGCUUUAUCCCCAAGGACAACGAAGGCGGCGUCAUUGCGCAGCUCCCCGGCAGCGUGACGACCUUCAAUCAGACGGGGCUGAAACCCGGGGAGGAAUACACCGUCAAUGUGGUGGCCCUCAAGGAGCAAGUACGGAGCCCGCCGGCCUCAGCCAGCGUCUCAACCCUGAUUGAUAGGCCUACACAGAUAUUGGUGCGUGACGUCUCUGACACAGUGGCCUUUGUGGAAUGGACUCCCCCGCGGGCCAAGGUGGACUAUAUUCUGCUGAAGUACGGCCUAGAGAAUGGAGAAGGGGGCGAGACCACCUUCCGGCUGCAGCCCCCUCUGAGCCAGUACUCCAUGCAGGCCCUGCGGCCUGGCUCUCGGUACGAAGUCUCCAUCACUGCUGUCCGUGGGACGGAUGAGAGUGACGCUGCAGUCACCCGCUUUCUAACAGAAAUUGAUGCGCCCAAGAACUCGCGUGUGGUCUCUCGGACAUCCGACAGCCUGGAACUCGAGUGGGACAACAGCGAAGCCGAGGUGGACACCUUCAAGGUGGUCUACAGCACGCUGGCUGGUGAGCAGUACCAUGAAGUUCUGGUGCCACGGAACGCAGGUGCCACAACCCGGACCACCCUCUCAGAUUUAGUACCAGGGACAGAAUACGGAGUGGGAAUCUCAGCUGUGAUGGAUGGCAAGCAAAGUGUUCCGGCGACCAGGAACGCCAGGACCGACCUCGACGGCCCGAGCAACCUCCUGGUGACGGCUUCCACAGAGACCUCCAUCUCGGUGGCCUGGACCAAGGCGAAAGGCCCCAUCGACCACUACCGAGUCACCUUCAUCCCCGCGUCAGGCAUGGCGUCGGAGGUGACCGUUCCCAAGGACAAGGCGGAGUUCACGCUGUCCGAGCUCGAGCCCGGCACAGAGUACACCAUCUCGGUCAUUGCAGAGAGAGGGCGCCAGCAGAGCCUGGAGAGCACGGUGGAUGCUUUCACAGGGUUCCGGCCAAUCACGCAGCUCCACUUUUCUCACGUGACGUCCUCCAGCGUGAACAUCACCUGGAGCGACCCCUCCCCGCCGGCCGAUCGGCUGAUCCUGAACUACAGCCCCAAGGACAAGGAGGAGAGCAAGCAGGUGGUGCUGGGCCCUUCCAGGAGGCAUGCUGCCUUGUCCGGCCUGCAGCCAUCCACGGAGUACAUCGUGUCCCUGGUGGCCGUGCACGGCCUGGUCAGCUCGGACCCCAUCGUCGGCUCCAUCACAACAGGGAUCGAUCCGCCAAGGAACCUGACCGUGGACAACGUGACUACAGAAUCUGUGGCCAUCCACUGGGCCCCUCCGGUUGCCUCCUUUGACCACUACAGACUAGCCUGGAGAUCGGCCCAAGGACGCGUGGACAGCAUCGUGGUUGCCAAAGGGGUCACGAAACACGCCCUCAGCCACUUGCAGCCUGCCACGGAGUAUGAGGUCACCUUGAAGAGUGUACGGGGCAGGGAGGAAAGCGAGCCCCUCUCGCGCAUCAUGUACACAGCCAUGGAUAACCCAGAAGGCUUGACUGCCACCAAUAUCACACCAACAGAAGCUCUGCUGGAGUGGGUGCCACCCAGGGGUGAGGUUGAGAAUUAUGUCAUCGUGCUCACACAUGACACAGUUGCGGGAGAGACCAUUUUGGUCGAUGGGGUCAACCAGGAGUACCAGCUGACGGAUCUGCUUCCAAGCACCAGCUAUGGAGUCACCAUGUACGCCACCAGUGGGCCCGUCACCAGCAGAACCAUCUACACCAACUUCUCCACGCUUUUGGAUCCUCCAUCCAAUCUGACAGCGAGCAAAGUGACACGGCGGAGCGCGCUUCUCUCGUGGCUGCCCCCUAUGGCCGAUAUUGAGAACUACAUCAUGACAUACCGGUCGCCCGAUGGAAGCCGCAAGGAGCUGAUUGUGGAUGCGGAAGACACCUGGAUCCGCCUUGAAGGGCUCUCGGAAAAUACGGAAUACACCGUGCGCCUGCAGGCAGCCCAGGACGCCAUGCGGAGCGGGUUCACCUCCACCACCUUCACGACAGGCGGCCGAGUGUUCAUGAAUCCCCAGGACUGUGCCCAGCACCUGAUGAAUGGAGACACGAUGAGCGGCGUUUACACCAUCAGCCUGAAUGGAGACCUCAGCCAGCGAGUGCAGGUGUACUGCGACAUGACCACGGACGGCGGAGGAUGGAUUGUGUUCCAGAGGAGGCAGAACGGGCUGACCGAUUUCUUCCGGAAGUGGGCAGACUAUCGUGUUGGCUUCGGAAACCUGGAGGAUGAGUUCUGGCUGGGGCUAGACAACAUGCAAAAGAUCACGUCCCAGGGCCGGUAUGAGCUGCGGAUAGACAUGCGGGACGGCCAGGAAGUGGCCUAUGCCUAUUAUGACAAAUUCUCCAUUGGAGACUCCCGAAGCCUCUACAAGCUCCGGAUAGGAGACUACAACGGCACAGCCGGGGAUUCCCUCACCUACCAUCAGGGGCGCCCCUUCUCCACCAAAGACAGAGACAACGACGUCGCCGUCACAAACUGCGCCAUGUCGUACAAAGGGGCUUGGUGGUAUAAGAAUUGCCACCGCACCAAUCUCAAUGGCAAGUACGGCGAGUCGCGACACAGCCAGGGUAUCAACUGGUACCACUGGAAAGGCCACGAGUUCUCCAUACCCUUUGUGGAAAUGAAGAUGCGACCCUAUAACCACCGCAACCCCUCGGGGAGGAAACGGCGGUCCGUGCAGCUGUGA